AUGGCGCCUCAUCCGAUCGUCUCGAUUUUCAUAUUGACCAUUUUUCUCUUAUCCUUAUUCUCCACGAACGCAAUCCGUACAAGCUCUUCUGACAACCCUCCCCCCACUUCCGAAAAAUUGAUCGACUCUGCCUGCGACGAACCUCGCCUGCAAUCCAAAUCCGAGUGCAAGCAAGUCCUUCAAUCACAACCAGACAUCAUCUCGGCUACGGAUCUAUAUAACUUAUCGAUCGCGAUCAUGCGCUCGGGAAUUUCGUAUUUGUGCGCGACGCUCAACUACAUCGAGGAGUCGUUAAACGAGACUGGUAUGGGGCCCACUCGUGAGUUCGCGCUGAACAACUGCAGCUCGUCAUAUGACGAGGCCAUCUGGUCCACCAGUAGUGCCCUGAGCGAGGUGAUGUACGACGAUGAUUAUGAAUCGGCUACUUACGACCUUGAUCUUGCAGUCACGAAUGACAUGCAACCAUGCCUCGAUGAGGUCCCUGCUCUCCUGCUGCUCUCAACAUUAUGA